CUCCACCAGCGCGUCACCCAGAUUUAUUACCCGUGCCCAUUUUAACAUAAAAACCUCAUAAGCCCGUGCCCGUUGUUCCUCGCCAUGGACUGUUGCUCCGCGGUGCCUUGGACCUCCCCGCUUGCUGUUCACCUCACUUGGGUACUUGUUGGGGAACCCUCUCUGGGAUGCUGGUAAUAAAAGCCUCGUGAUCAUCUCUGAACGUACUGUGUUUGUGUAUCCAACACUGCUUGGCUCUGGUGAGGUGUCACCACCUGGAUCUGGCACCUUCAGGCAGACAGACGCUCAUCCCAUCCCAGCAAUCCAAGCCACUGCUCCUGGGUGGCUGCAGCCCUCAGCUGUAGCCCUGGCCCCAACAGCAUUUUUUUCUGAGUCUUUUCUAUGCCUUAUGCUGCAAUCGGUGGUUUCCCAGCCACAGGAGCAUCCCUGGGGCUGGUCUGUCUUGCUGGCUGGGCUUGCCCAGCCCACAGCUAGAGGGGGGCAGGACAUGAGCCACCCACAAGGGCAGGACCAGGCUGUGCCGUGUGGAUGUGCCUGCACCUGUAGAUAACUUCCUUGGGAUUGGGGAUAGGUGUCCCCAGUGCCUGCUUCUUGCCCUCACAGAGGCAGGGAUGGCUGCAGGCUGUCUCCAGACACACCUGGCCUUCUGCCUGUGGUUUUUACCCACCUCUCGCCUUACCCAGCUGCUGUGCAGGUGAAGUUAGAGACAGUUUUUAACAGAUGUGUCAGCAGAUGUCCCCGAGGGCAGGGACGGCUGGGCAGACAGCUGUAAUGUAUGCUGGUCUCUCCUUCCCAGGAUAAUCACAAGCUGUACAAGCAGAAACUCGAGGAGCUAACCAAGCUCCAGGAUGGGAUCUCCAGCUCCAUCGCACGGCAGAAGAAGCAGCUGAAGGAGCUGUCAUUAUCCCUCAAAAAAUGCAAAGCCGACGCGAGUCCUGAACAGGAGGAGUCCAUCCAAGAGACCCAGAGCCUAAUAAAAGAGAGGCAAAAUGUUUUCUUCGAGAUGGAGGCCUAUCUGCCAAAGAAGAACGGGUUGUACCUGAGUCUGGUGCUCGGGAACGUGAACGUCACGCUGCUCAGCAAACAGGCCAAGUUUGCAUACAAGGAUGAGUAUGAGAAGUUCAAGCUCUACCUCACCAUCAUCUUACUCAUUGUCUCCUCCUCCUGUCAGUUCCUUCUCAACUCCAGGGUGACAGAUGCCGUCUUUAACUUCGUCUUGGUGUGGUACUACUGCACCCUCACCAUCCGGGAAGGCAUCUUGAUCAACAACGGAUCCAAAAUCAAAGGCUGGUGGGUUUUCCAUCACUACAUCUCCACCUUCCUCUCAGGUGUCAUGCUGACAUGGCCAGACGGGCUCAUGUACCAGAUGUUCAGGAGCCAGUUCCUCUCCUUCUCCAUGUACCAGAGCUUUGUGCAGUUCCUCCAGUACUACUAUCAGAGCGGGUGCCUGUACCGGCUGCGAGCGCUGGGUGAGAGGCACAACAUGGACCUGACUGUGGAGGGCUUCCAGUCCUGGAUGUGGAGAGGCCUCACGUUCCUGCUUCCUUUCCUCUUCUUUGGGCAGUUCUGGCAGCUCUACAAUGCCAUCAUCCUCUUCCGCAUGAUCCAGCACCCGGAAUGCAAGGAGUGGCAGGUCCUCAUGUGUGGCCUCUCCUUCUUCAUCCUCUUCCUGGGGAACUUCUUGACCACCGUCCGCGCCGUCCACCAGAAGUUUCAGAACAAGAACAAAGACACGAAGCAGAAUUGAAGUGCUGGAUCUGUGCCUGAGUCAUUCACCUGGAGCCAGCAGCACCCUGCAACUCCUGUCCCAUCUGCCUUCCUCCUCCAGGAGAGCAGGGUGUCUGGGACAGCUGCUCCCCUUCCCUCCACCCUUGAAGACAUUUACUGGGAUGGUUCUCUGGGGUCAAGCCCAGCUCUGCAGGUGUUCCCCACCCCGCUGCGGGCAGCCUGGGGUGCCCGGCUUCCAUCAUCUCCCAUGGGACAAGGCCAGAUCCAGGGCUGGCAGUGCCUCUUACACAGCUCCGGGGGUGCUCAAGGCUCUCCCCAGCCCUGCACCCAGGGCAGCCCUUGCGUGUUGAAGGCAGAGAGGCCCUCACAUCUCAUCGGCUGCAAGCAAUUGCUUCCCUGGCUGCCCCAGCAGCCCUCUUUAAUUUCAAGGGCAGCUGAAGGCCGUGCUCAAGCGCUGCCUUCCAGGGUGUAUUGUACCCCAGUUCCUCCUUUACCUUCAAGCUGCAGGGCCGAGGGACUGAAGUGGAGGAGCUGUGGCACUGGAGGGGUGGGAGCACUACAAGCCUGAACCAGGUUUCACACUGGAGCUGUGCAAGCAGCACCCUGAUCCUGCAUCUCUGGAGGAUGCGUGUGUGAAAAAUAAAGGAAAGGUGCUGCCUCGGGUUGCUGGGGUGGUUGUGGAACAGCUUGUGUGCUCUGUUUUUGGCUUGCCUGGUAUUGGUUACGUUGUGUUGGGGAGGGAAGAAAACGCACCUCCAGCUGUCCCGACACCAGCUGGGAUGUGGAACGGGACAGGAGGGCAGUGCUGCGAGCUGCCAGCUCCCCCCCACCCUGAGCUGUAUUAUCAGCAAUAACCACCAGCAGCGAUCGUAAGGGAUGUGUCUGGUCAUGGCUACAUCAACUCAGGAGAUGUGGGGACACAGAUAAGGCCGUGACUGCCAAGACCUCACUUGAGCAAUGUGACCACCCAACCACGGUGCUGCUCAGUGGCCGACUCGAGGUGGCCUGGGCAGAAGCCAACAUCUGUAGUCAGUACACAAAUGUAACUAUGAGUCAGUCACCUUACUC